GAGAGGGAAUGAGAGACGUGCUGUCAGAGUGAGAGCUGGAGGACAUGCAUCCAUUUCUACACAAUAUCAGACUAUCGCUACUUUCCCUCUUACACAUUUACAGACGCCACUUUAAAUCGCUUUUCUUCACUGGAGGGUGAUCAUGCUAAUUAAUGCAACGGGUGGAUUUAUCUUCUAAAACAUUUAGCAGCGCGCUAAAUCAUUUCCCCCAAAUUUGUUUUCCGCUUAUUUCGAUCAGUGUUCAGGUGUUAAAACGCAACAGAUUUCGUCCGUAGGAGUCUCGUUUUAAUAUUUAACGCUUUACACUUCUGACAUUAACCUCCAAUCUGGAAUCACGGCUUGUCAACGAGCGGAGAAGAAAUUAUGGCAUGAUUGUGGCAACAUGAAAAAGAAAAAGUGUGGAAGAAUAUUGUUGCACUGCUUUUGAGAUCACCAUAUGAAGGUGGAGAUAGACUGACAGGAGAGAGAGUUGAGGAGCAGAGCGCAAACAAACCUGCUGGAGCCUGGUUGCCAUGGAUCCCCCUCCCUCUCUAAAUCUGGCCCUUCUCAGCGGGAGUGAAGACGAAGAGCAGCGUCUGCCCCUCCCUCUCGGUGGUAUUUCCCAUGCCUCCCUCUCUGGCAACUACCCUGGGACCAACCACUCGAAUCACACGGGAGGGAACAGCAGCCUGGAGCGUCUCAAUGGCACUCCAUCGCCCACCACGCCAAACCUUCCCCCAGCGUCACUGCCCAAGUUGCCCCUGUCCACAACACCCCAGCUUUCCACACCAAUCCCCAACGCUCUUCACCCGACCAGUACGCCACUCUCCUCCUGCUUGGGAAGCCAACACAGCUUAAGCGGGGAGACUUCACCCGUCUACAAUGCUCUGUUUUACUCUUCUCAUUCACCUUCCACUGAGCGGGAACGGGAGCGAGAGAGGGGAUGUAAGCACAGGCAGGCCAGUCCCCUGGUGCACAGGCGGGACAGUAAUCCUUUUACAGAGAUCGCCAUGAGCUCGUGCAAGUACAGCGGUGGUGUGAUGAAGCCACUUAGCCGCCUUAGCGCCUCCCGCCGGAAUCUCAUCGAGUCCGACAGCGGAAGUGACACCAAAGAGGGUGGUGCGAGCACAAGCCAGGUGACCGCGGCCUCCUCUCAGCACAGCCAGCCCCAACCCCAGAACCCCCCAGAGAUCGUUAUCUCCUCGAAAGAGGAUCCGCCUUAUGGACAUGCUUACGAACUUGAGGCCUCAGCCAAUCAAAUGUCCAUCUACCACCAGAACCACGCCCUCUCUGAGAGCAGGAGUGUGCUCGGUGGGGCGGCAGGGGGCGGGACUAAUGGAAGGAGGGGCGGUGCUGCGGGAGGGCCUGGAAGGACCGCUUCUAAAGCUCCUAAACGUAAGAAUCAGAACAUUGGCUACAAACUAGGCCACAGGAGGGCACUGUUCGAAAAGAGGAAGAGACUUAGUGACUAUGCCCUCAUAUUCGGCAUGUUUGGCAUUGUUGUCAUGGUGAUUGAGACCGAGCUGUCCUGGGGUGUCUACAGUAAGAGCUCCAUGUAUUCUCUGGCAUUGAAGUGUCUUAUUAGCCUUUCCACCAUCAUCCUUCUUGGACUAAUCAUCGCUUACCAUGCUCGAGAGGUGCAGCUUUUCGUCAUCGACAAUGGUGCAGACGACUGGCGAAUUGCCAUGACCAUGGAGAGGGUGCUGCUUAUCGCUCUGGAGCUGAUCGUUUCGGCGGUUCACCCGGUGCCCGGGGACUUCAAGUUUAUGUGGCGGGCGAGACUGGCCUUCUCCUAUGCUCCCUCGCAGGCGGAGGCAGAUCUAGACAUGGUGCUGUCUGUACCCAUGUUUCUUAGACUCUACCUCAUCGCCCGCGUCAUGCUGCUACAUAGCAAGCUCUUCACGGACGCCUCCUCCCGCAGCAUAGGGGCACUCAACAAGGUGCACUUUAACACACGCUUUGUGAUGAAGACCCUGAUGACCAUAUGCCCGGGCACGGUGCUGCUAGUCUUCAGUAUCUCCCUGUGGAUCAUCGCUGCCUGGACCGUACGAGUGUGUGAGAGGUACCAUGACGCUCAGGAUGUGACCAGUAAUUUUUUGGGUGCAAUGUGGCUCAUCUCUAUCACCUUCCUCUCUAUUGGAUAUGGAGACAUGGUGCCUCACACCUACUGUGGCAAGGGAGUGUGUCUGCUCACAGGAAUUAUGGGAGCAGGUUGCACUGCAUUGGUUGUUGCUGUGGUUGCCAGAAAGCUGGAGCUGACGAAGGCAGAGAAACAUGUGCAUAACUUCAUGAUGGACACACAGCUCACCAAACGGAUAAAGAACGCAGCAGCGAAUGUUCUCAGAGAGACUUGGCUGAUUUACAAGCACACCAAGCUGAUGAAGAAAAUCGACCACUCCCGUGUGCGCAAACAUCAGAGGAAGUUCCUUCAAGCCAUUCACCAAUUGCGAAGCGUAAAAAUGGAGCAGAGAAAACUCAGUGAUCAAGCCAAUACAUUGGUGGACUUAUCAAAGAUGCAGAGCGUCAUGUAUGAACUGAUGUCAGAGCUGAACGACCGAAGUGAGGAUCUGGAGAGGCAGAUGUUGAGUCUGGAGCAGCGGGUGGAGCGUUUGACGGCCGGCUUUAAUGCUCUGCCCGCUCACUUGUCGGCCACGCUCAGCUCCCAGCAUGCGGCGCUCGUUCAACUGCUGCGUGAGCGUGAUGCCAAGGUUCUGAGCCCCACUGUGCCCUCCGCGCUCUCACCCACUGCUGCCAGCCUGCCUCUAGCCAACCCCCCCUCCGGCUCAGGCUCCAUCCCCUCAACUCAGCCCGCAGAGGACAGUCCCAACACCAGCAGCUCCAGUUGUUGAGAGUGCCGGUGCAGGAUGUUCCCUCCUGGGCUGCAAGACGGACAAUUAGCGAAAGCAGAGAAAUAACAUAAACAUUCACACGCAUACGAUGCACUGUAACUAUGAGCAUUGCGCAGCUUGAGUAUCUCACAGAGAUGGAGGAGAUGCUAACAUUUGCACAAAACCUCUAUGAUGACAAAACUGCCAUAUUUCCUAUAGUCCACAAGACGGACGUCCUCUACUGUUACCAUGAAUGUAUUGAUUUUAGAAGACUAACUAACUCAGACAUGUUAACAUGCAUGGACUCUUACUUACACUUUCUCUGACUCCGUCUUUGCUACCAAAGUGCUCUCUGUCUAUAGUUGACUGGAAUGGUGUGUGUUGUAAACCUAGGAGAGGAGGGUGGGAGUGGUUAUAGAGAGUAUAAAUAAUCAGCAGCUGAGAAUGUUAUGAUCUGGAGAUCUGGACAGCACCUUUUUUACAGUCUGCAAGAGACUAACAGCCAUUUGAAAGAAGCAUUAUUUGGAGGAGCGACGCUGAAGCCAGUCGAUAAAUUAUAAAAACCACCCCAUCAAGGUGGAACAGCUGCUCACACUGAAAUAACUGUAGAAUGAGUGAUUAUAGUCAUUUUCUUAGUGGAAUUGCUUCUGUUAUAAUGGCGUUGAAAUAAGAGACUAUUUUACUUCUGACCCCAUUUUGAAGGAGAGACCAUUUUGAAAACUGACUAAUAGUGACAUCCUGUGGCCGGAAUACUGAGUUACAUCCUCUUGGAAUAUUGUACAGUAUGCUAUUACUGAAAACUUAGCUUUGUAUCGCUCAGUUUUUUACCAUUAAUAAUUACUAACGCAGUUAUAGCUCAUAUUUAUUAUAAGAUUAUAAGAUAGCAUUCUUCUCAUUCGUCAUUGGAAAUUAUGAUUGCUGUAUAAAUAAUGAUUUUAUUGAUAUUAAUUAUAGAUAAGGGAGGUGCCGUUUGAGGUUGAAAUUAUUUUGUAAUUUUAUUUUACCAGAGAGAAUUAAUAAAGUAUAUAUCUAUAAAUGA